AUGAAGCCAACCCGGAAAGGUCCGGCUAAAGGCGCGGAGGAUGGGGCACCGCCAGCUGAUGCCCCAAGCCCUCCGAUGCAACUGCUCGCCUUCGUCAGGCUGCAUGCUGUCCACCAAGAGUCCCCGAGCGGCGUUCCACAGCCAGCGCCUGAAGCGGGUCUGGAUGCUGCGCUUCACGAGGGCAAGGGCGAUGCCAACAAGAAG